CGGACAUAGAUGGCGCGAUAUGUCACCCAAGAAAAAUGGAAGUGUUCCUGUACAAUUCCACAGUUUGUAGAUUGUGCGGGGAAGAAAAUGAUAAUGGAAAUCUUUUAUAUUCAAAUGAAGAAAAUGGCCAAAAUCUUAGUGAAAUUAUUAACACCUAUUUACCCAUUAAGGUUUCAGAUGAUGGCCAUUUACCUCGGACGAUUUGCCCUGGAUGUACAAUACAGCUGGAGGCCUCUGUAGAAUUUCUGAAUUUGAUAAUAAAUGGCCAGAAAGUUAUAAGAGAACUUUACCAAAGAGAGAAAGAAUAUAAGAAGUCCUAUACUUCCUCAAAUGAACCUGAAAUUAUAACUGAAAAAAUAAUUUAUGAAAUAAACACUGGUAAUGGAGUGUACCAGUUAGAGCAUCCUAUAUCACUUCAAGUAGCAGGAUUAGAUAAGCCUAAAAGAAAAAGGGGCCGGCCUCCUAAAACACAAAAGAGCCCUGAAGAGUUGGCAGAGAAAGAUGCUCUCAAGGAGCAAGAGAAGUCCAAAAAUGAGGGCAGUGAAAGUGAUGGAACAGCAGGCAAAAGAAGAAGGAAGACACCUACAAGAUUCAAGGAAGUGGUUCAGGGCAAAGAAUUGGAGAGGAUAUUUAAAGAAGAAGGGAUGACUGAUGGUGAAGACAGUGAUAAUGAAAAGAAAGUUAGUGUAGAACAAUCACCCACAGCACCAGAGACUAAGGAACCACAAGUGAUAGGACACUUGGAACAGUCUGGAGAGUUAGUUGUUGUGUUGAAAGGAAAGGGCAGAGGGCGCCCCAAAGGUCGUCAUCGACAGACACGUGAACAAUGUAUGAUCUGUGGUAUGAUGUUCUCCAGCAACGGUCGCUAUAUGUCACACAUCGCUCAGCACGGCCCUGUGCUCUAUCAAUGUACGCAGUGCUCUGAGACCUUUACCACACGACUGCGCUUUUGCGACCACCAGACGGAGACCAAGCAUGUUGGACAGAAUAUAGUGCAGUGCAAAGAUGUUACUAAAUCUAGUGAGAAGAAACAUUUGAAAUGUGGUAAAAAUGAAAAGACACCGGAAAAAGUUGGUGAAGAACAACCUGAGACUGACACAGUGACCGUAGUCAACAUAGACAGUAUUGUAUCAGGUGAUACAACAACAACGACGACAGGUCCUGAAGUGUUACCAGAUUUGAAUACAAUCACAGUGGUCACUAGUGAAGAAACAAAGAAGACAGACAAUGAGGAUAUCAUUAAAGUUGAAGAAACUGAAGAAAAUGAGGAAAGUGGCAAAGUAGCAGACAACACAGAGGGGGAUGUUCCAGUAGGGGAAGUGAAGACCAAAUUGAAAUGCAACCAUUGCAACAAGGAGUUCAGUAGUAGGCAGGCAAAGUCGAUGCAUAACAAGGCGGUACAUCAGGGUGAGAAGCCGUACAAGUGCGGGGAGUGCGGCGCGGCGUUCGGCUACCCGCGCUCACUGUCUCUGCACCGCAUCUCACACCGCCGCCACAAGCCCGCCGGCAAGGGCUACGCCUGCGACCUCUGUGGGAAGGUGUUGAGCCACCCAUCCUCAGUGGUGUACCACAAGCAGGCGGCGCACGCGGAGCAGCGCUACGUGUGUGGAACCUGCGGCAAACACUUCAGGCACAAGCAGCUGCUGCAACGGCAUCAGCUCGUGCACUCACAGCUCAGACCCUUCAGGUGCAAGUUGUGCAAUGCAUCGUUCAAAACGAAGGCGAAUCUCGCGAACCAUCAGAUGCUGCAUUCGGGCAUCAAGAAAUUCUCUUGUGAGAUCUGCAAGCAGAAGUUCUCUCACAGGACGAGCCUCACGCUGCACAUGCGCUGGCACACCGGUGUGAAGCCGUACGAGUGCGGCGUAUGCGGCAAGAGCUUCAGCCAGAAGGGCAACCUGUCGGAGCACGAGCGCAUUCACACGGGCGAGAAGCCGUACCAGUGCGCGCUGUGCUCACGCCGCUUCACCACCUCCUCGCAGCAUCGCCUGCAUCUGCGCCGGCACGCACCAGACCGCGACCGCACCGCACAGUGCACGCACUGCUCCUACAGGAUGCCGUCGCGCGGUCUUGUGAGCGGCGGAGUGCGCGAGGCCGGUGGGGUGUCGCGGUGCCCGGCGUGCGGCCGCGUGCCUACAGAGCGCCCUCUGCAGCGCCCCUCACAGCGUCUCUUGCGCAAGAUCGCCUCCGCGUCGGAAAAGCAACCGAUACAGACAUCGAAGCAAAUAAGUCUGCUGGUAUCUGAGAGCGAGCCGAUGUCUGCGGGAGUUGGCGUCCAGACGGAGUUGGACGAUGAACUGGACGCGGGACUGGAGGCAGAGCUGGGUGUGCAGCUGGACGCCGAGCUGGGGGACGAUAGCGACGGUGUCGUGUACAUCGCGUACGAUGUCGACGAGCCCUCCACUUCGUUACAUUUACCAGAGGAACUGUACUCGGAGUCGUCGCUGCUGGGUGCGCAAGAUGAGCUGUCGCAAUCCUUGGACCUACAGCACGACAUCGAAAACGAUCACAGGGAACAUUUACCCGUGACGGACGAGCACGGCAAUCAGCUGCACUUCACGAUGCAGGACGGCACGCGCCUCGCUAUCACCUCCGCAGACGGCAAGUCUUUGCAGGUUGUUACGCAGGACGGACAAACUAUACCCGUAGAGAUCAAUGGUUUCGACGACGAAGAGGAGCUGCUGGGUCCGGAGACGGUGGUGCACCAGCUGAACCUGCAGAAGAGUGUAGACAAGGGCGCGCCCAACCUCCCGCACUACUACACGCUCGUGUAGACACUACCACUUUUAUAUCUCUAUUUGAUUUAAAAUUUUACUUUUAUAAAUAAUAGUCGCUGUCAAAACAAUAUCUUACAUUAUAUUUACAGUUCAAGUAUAAAGGCUGCUCUUGCCGUAAUUUUUUUAUCUCUAUUAUUUCAAUUCUUCAAAAUUGCAGUUUUCAAACGUAUUGUUACUCGAAUAUCAUAAACCUGCUACACUAAGUCACUAUUUUUAUAUUAAAAUUAAGUAAACUAGUCAUUAGUGAUGUAUCGAAAAUUUAAUACAAAAGAUAUUGUUUUGAAGCCGACAUUCCAUGUUACCAUUUUGGUAUUAUUUGCUCAAAACUUUUACAUACAGCCGCAAACAUUUAUCAUUUAUGUAUAAAAAAGAUAUGAUUAUUUAAUGAUUCGUGAUAACGCAUCUGCAAUGUGUAUGUGUAAAGCAUUUAGAUAUAUUAAGAUAAUAGUUAGCUAGGUUUGUAUAUAUUUUGUUUGUUUUUUUUAAGUGUCAAUGUUGAAUUUAAGGUCGCGAACACAAAAUUAGCGAGUAGCGGGGCGAUGUAAACAAAAGUGCUAUCCCGUGUUUUCCUAUACUUUGGUUUGCAUCGCCCCGCUCCCGCCGCCGCUCGUUUUAAAUGAUGUGUCCGCAGCCUUAGAAUAUUUAUAAUUGUCAACAUAAAAAAUGAUUAAGCCUUGUGCAAGUAAUUACAAUUCUGUAUAACUUCAUACUAAAUAGCAAACAAAUCUAAUAACUUUUAAAAGACAUGGAAUUCUUUUAACUUUUUUUUUAACCGAAGUAAAAAAAAUAUUAUCCAGUAAACCAAAACACAAUAUCCUACAACUAAUUAAAAAUGUCCUAAAAUAUAAUUGUUUUUGUGAGAUUGUAUUCGCUUUGAUUACUGAUAAGUGAUUAUUAAUCAAUCUUAAAAUAGAUAUUUUAUGUAAUUUGUUAUAUCUCAGUGAUGUCUUUACUAUUAAUGUUUUAAAAAUAUGCUAAUUUGUUUUUUUAUAAUACUGAGCAUAAUUAUAUAAAAAUGUCAUAAUAUUAAAUUAAUUAAUACAAGAGAUAUGCAAUAGUUACCAUUUGAACCCAUAUAUAUAUAAGGAAUAAUUUAGACAUUUAAAAAUAUGUUUUGCCGUAUAUUGUGAUUAUUUUAGUGCUGAUUUU